CUGGUAUGGCGGCCGGCUUCCGGUUUUGUGCGACGGAAGUGAUGCGAGCGCGCGCGCCGCGGCGCGGAGUGGAGGAGGUCGUGAUGAUGCGAGUCCUGCGGGAGCGGGCGGCCAGGGUCGUCCGCGCGCUGCGGCUCGCGGGCUGCGCCUCCCGAGGCCUUCACCCGCCGCCCGGUGGCCGGGCUCAGCCCGCGUCCCAGAGGGAGGAGGACGACGACCCCGACCUCCCCGUGCAGUUUUCCUCCAGCAAGGCCAAUCCGACCCGCUGGACGGUGGGGCAUUCCGUGGGAAAGGAGUGCCGGCGGCCCUGGUGGAAAGUGGCGUCUCUCAGCGUCUCCCUCACGGCCCUGGUCAUCUGGUGCUACCUGAGGCAGGGGAGCGACGCCGAUCGGUGGUUGAAACGCGUGUUGGAAGAGGAGGUGACGGAGCCCGAUGGUUCACAGGAGCCCGAAACCCCGGCUUCCUACGGGGCUAGAACUUAACGGGGUGCCCGCUGGGGCGGCAGGAAGGAAACAGGCAAUCGCCCGUCGUGAAUGAAGUCGCGUUUGACCGUUCCUGUCCUGGUGACUCGUGUGUCCUUGGCACUGAAAGACUUGGAUGAUGCACUAGGCCACGCGGGCCCACGUGCAGGCAGAGCAGAAGGCCGGUGGAUCGGAACCUACUACUGUCUGACACUCGAUGCCUGGUGAUUACGUCCAAAAGACACCUAAAAUACACAGAAAAGGUUUUGGUUGCACUGUGUGCUGUUGGAUUUGUGAUGUCCCUGUACAACGUAAUCAUGUUUCCAAAGCAAUUCUGGUGACACUUGUAAUCUAGUGUUAUUUUUCAGUUCAUUUGCUUUCUGAGACAGACAACUUGCAGAACUGUCAGACCUUAUAAUGUACUGUAUGGCGUGUGUAAUAACGUCUGUUGAUGUUAGUUUUACACGCUAAUAACUUGAAAAUAAACUUUGAUAGAGUAGAAUUAAGAUGAUUACAAUACAAUAAAUUUUUUUCCCUUUUAUCUAGUAAAAAAGUAUUUUAAGUAGGCCAACAGUCACCUUUUUCAAUUUCUUUUUUUUUUUUUUACAGAGUGGGAACUGAGAAAAGAAAUCUAAGUGUAAAUUGUGGAAUAUAUUAUCAAGUGGUACCAGAAAUAAGGAACUUUCUCAGCUUUCUGCAAAACUUUAUUUUUAGCAAGGUAACAGUUUUCUGAGUGGAAUACAGGUGAUGAGUAUUUCUUUGCACAAAUUACGGGUUCUAUUUUGGGUUACCUAAAAUGAAAUUUGGAUGUGUUUGAGGAACCUGUGAGACAGUCCAGUAGAAAGGUCUAGAGAGUUGUCUGGAGCUCAAAAACAGAAGUUGGGCUGGCCAGUUAGCUCAGUUGAUUAGAGUGCAGCCUUAUAACACCGAGGUCACGGGUUCUGAUUCCCAUGCCAGCCAGCUGCCAAGAAAACCCCAUAAAACUACACACACACACACGCACACACACACAGAAGUUGAGGGCUCAGGAUCAAGAAAUUUAGGGAUCUUUGUUGUAGAGGUGUAAGCAAAGAUGCCUACUAUUCCUCACCCAGGAGACAUCUUCCUUGAAGAUAUCAAAGAAAACUGAUAGGCUGUAAGGACUGAAAAUACUACUUAGGAAAAACCUGCUUAAUUCUGAAUAAAAUACAAGAUGCAUAAAAGUGCUUUUAUUUCCUAAAGUUUCUAGUGGAAGGUUUUGUCUUAGCGUAUUUUUUGCUUUUGUAUUUUGGUGGCUGGCCGGUAUGCUUAGUGUAUUUGUGGUGCUGAAUGGUUUUUUUCUGACACAGAUGUGUGCAGAACAGGUGUGUGACCACUCUGGUUGUACAGCAGAAUACUGACUUCUUACAGGGCCUCUGCAGAAGUGCUCCAAGUGUCUGGCACACCUUGGUAAGUCACGCUUGUGAAAGAGAUGAGGUACACACAAGUAUGUUUAUUUUUUAAAAGAUGGUGAGUCUGAGGUUUGGAAAGAUUGACCUAAUUUUAGCUCAGAUUAUUACAUUUUCCCAUGGGAGCAAGGAACUCAGAUAUCUUCUUUUUGGCCUGGUGUGCUUGUUACGUGUUUGGUUGUGAGCCAUUUUGUUUGAGCAGCAUUCAAACACGAACUGUUUUACUCUCACUAGCUCCAGCAGAAAAAACGAAGAGAACUAAUGAGAAGGACUUUUGUGCUAAUUAAAAGUAAUUUUCAUGUAACAAAAGCAACAUUUUUUUUUCUGGAGGAGUGUGACACUAAAAUAAGCAAAAGGAAGAGAUUAGAUACUGAUAAUCCUGUACACCACCUAGAGGACAUCACCGUCAACAGUUAUUUUACCUUUCCAAAUUGUUUCCGUGCAUAUAUAAGUAGUUUUUUUUUUUUUUUUUUUUUAAAUAGAAGAUGACCGGUAAGGGGAUCUCAACCCUUGAUUUGGUGUUGUCAGCACCACGCUCAGCCAGUGAGCUAACCAGCCAUCCCUACAUGGGAUCCGAACCCUUGGCCUUGGUGUUAUCAGCACCGCACUCUCCCAAGUGAGCCACGGGCCGGCCCCUAUAAGUAGUUUUUUCAAAGACACAAAUGGGAUAGUAGCAUCGCUUUUGGUGAAACAUCACACCACAUGCAGCAGAGUCUGAGUGCCUCCAAGGUGGCUGUUGGUGACGGUUUUUCCUGUUGGUGACUUCGUGCCAGUGACAUGGAUAACUUUGUCAGGAGCCAGAGGAGAACUCCAGGCCAGCUGGGGACAAUGGGCAGACCUUCCCCACACCUGGAGUUUUCAAGGAUUGACAACAGAGCAGGUUGACAGGCGAACAGUUACGAAAUCCUUUUGCUGUGUAACUGUUGGUGCAGUGUGUUUGCCUUAUUUCCCUAACUGGGCUGUAGCUUUUAUCUUUCCCAGGGUGCUUCCCCUGGCAAGUGCCCAGUAAACAUGCAAGAGGGAGAGGACAGAAGCAGUCACAGUGAUUCUUGAGAUGGUAAACUGUUGGGCAGAGGAGGAGAAAGUUUUCAAAAAAAAACCUUUCAAGGAAUGAGAGGUUAAAUGGUUGCUUCUAAUCCGAUGAACUAUCUUGCAAUUCCUGGCAGUGCUGUGCGUUCCUCCCCUCCUCCAAUGAAAUACUUCUAGAUUCACAGAAUUCUGGUUUUAUUUAAGUCUGAUAUUACCCCACCCUUUAAAGAACAUUCUUCAAAAGCAUGAAAAAUGACAUUUUCAAUCCUUAUGGCCUAUCAGUUUUCUUUGAUGUCUUCGAGGAUGAUGCCUCCUGGGUGAGGGGCAACAGCAGGCUCUUUGCUCACACCUCUACAGCAAAGAUCCCCAAAUGCCUUGAUCCUGAGCCCCUAACUUCUGUUUUUGAGCUCCAGAUGGCUCUCUAGAUCUCUCUACUGGACUGUUUCAGAGGUUGCUCAAACACAUCCAAAAUGGAGUUCAUCUCCCCCCAAGUUGUUCUUUGUUCCGUAUCCCUUGAAGCUGGAGACCCUGGGGUUGGCAAAGACUUCUUUUUCAUUCUCUGAACUCUAGCAGUCUUGAAGAUCUGUUUAUUCCUCCUUUGAAGACUUUAUAGGCCCUGUCCUUACCUGCUUCAUCGUCCUGCUUGAUUUACUUUGAAAAUAUUGUGUUCUUGAUUUUCAUCCUUUUAAUUUAGUGGAUUAAAUGUAAUGUUUGUAGAGGUAAUGAUUCAUUUAGAAAAUGUGAACACAUGAGGUCAUUCAUCCUGCCAGUGAGUGAUACUUUUGUUAUUUUACCGUAUUAUUAUUAUUUCAAAAUUUAGUUACUUACUUGGAACAAAUGUUUGGAAUGAUUUAUCUUGCAUUUUUUAAUCUCACUAAAAGUUCUUGGGAAGCAUUGUUAUCAAGUCGUAGCAUAGCACUCAGAAUUUAACCGUUUUUCACCUUACUGGACUGUUAGGUGGUCUCAAGUUUUUCCUAAAUAACUGAUGAUUAUCUUCCUUCAUAAA